CAUUCAUGAUUUUUGUGCCCCGCAAAGGUGUUCACACUUACGUCGUGAAAGCGCUCAUGGUUUGGAUCAACCGUCUAGGGUACAAGAAGGUAAUUUUGCAACAUGAUUCGGAAGAAGCUUUGCGAACAGUUGUGGAACAAGUCCAGCAAAAGAUGGGACCCGAUAAAGUGCAAGUGCGUGCCAGCCCUCCGUACAGCCACCAAAGCCAAGGAGGUGCUGAGAACACAAAUCGUCUCAUGGCAGGAAUGCUGCGAACAUGGUUGAGUGCACUGCGGGAGAAAUACCCCGAUCCAGAACAGCCCAUUGACAUCAAUCAUGUCAUUGUCCCAUGGUUGUGUCGUUGGAUAGCUUUUGUUUGGGCCAGGUACCAUGUCAAGCAUGAUAACAUGACUGCAUUCAAAAUCGUCACUGGUAGGGAGUACGCAUCACCAAAAAAACUUGGUGCCCGGCGCAGGUGUGGUGCCAGGGUUUGAACUUGUUAGCGUGCAUACGGCAUAUUCAGAAAGUUUUCAAGAAACGGAAACAGAAACCCUCCCAUUGGUCCACCGCCAGUGGCCUCAACUUGAUUGAUCUGACUCAUGUUGAUUUUUCCCCAUGCCUGCGGCAUAGGGUUCUAGCGGCCCCGUUUCGCACUUCCAUUCGCAAGGGGCACGGCGAAGGGGGCACGGCGAUUUCUUCACAGACUUUUGAACAGCGCCCUCGUACAUCACGCCAUGGCAAAUGCAGGGCAAGUACUUGCUCGGUGUUUUGCUCAGUUUUUGGUUUGGGGUCCUGAAGGAUUCAGCUUUGUGCACUGCCUGAAACAUUUGGAUGUGUUUCUUCGCGUUUUUGUCAGGACAAUCUUUGGUUGUUUGCUGGCGACCUCCCUUAUCCCAGCCUGGGUGUUGUGCCUGCUUCUGAAGUUGGUGUUGUCGUGCUUGCCGGUGGAGAGGCGUGCUGCCUUUGAAAGGUGCUUCGGUCGCAUGCUCAUCGUCAUUUUAGUAGUGCUUUGGCGGAUGGUGUUUACGCUUUGUGCAUGGAUCCGGGUGGAAGUGUUUCAGCAAGAAGUGCCUUUUCUCGGUGCACCAGGGAAACCAGCUGUGUUAGUGAUGAACCACACGUGUUUUCUUGACGCCGUGCUGGCCACCUCUUUAGCACCCUUGAACCGCAGCUCGGAUGUGCGAGUGCUUGUGGCGAACUAUGUCUUCAAGAUUCCGUUGCUUGGAACCGUAAUGCGGGUCAUGGGCCUCCCAGAGGUUCCUUUCAAAGCAUGUGCAGGGGGAGGCGAGACUUCGAAUAUGACCGUGGAGAAGAACCUCAUGGAAGAGAGGUUGAACGCUUUCAACGAUCAUGUUCGAUCUGGUGGGGUGGGCGCGUGGUUCCCGGAAGGUCUCAUGAAUCGAGGAGAUCCAGAGAUCCUUCAGGAAUUUCGAGCUGGCGCCUUCGCAGUUCCUGUAAAAACCGACGUUGAGAUUUGGUGUAUUGCUGCUGUUGGCUGCAAUGUUUGUUGGCCGGUGAAGGCUGCCGUUGGAGGACUUCCUGCCCGCAUAGGGCUGAAGGUCUUCCGCUUAACAGACAGCAGCCACAAACUGAUCGAGGAUUUGAAGGAUUGUGAUGAGCGCGCCAAGGCAUUGCACAUAGCUGGCCUUGCAAAGAGCGCUGUCCAGGAAGGUGUCAAUGAGUUGGUGGCCAAAGGUUUCUCCGCCAACCCUGGAAUGGUCAAGCGCAGCUGAUGCAGCUCCCCGCUUAAGGUGGCCACGGUCUGCUUCGCUCAUCGGUUCAUGAAAAAUGAGCCCUGGGUUUCUUAGUCACAUGGAUCACACGUGCACCAAGUUUGGUUUUCUUGGUUGUACAUCCGGUCCCGCAGCUGUUUCAGACAGUAGAUCAGAUGUUUCCGGUUAACUCCCUGCAUGGGAGCAGCACAU